AGAACAAGGUGACAGCCCAGUGCGGAGGACACUUAACAUCUCAGGCAUCUGACCGCCUCCUUCCCAGGCGCAAAGCCCUUAGAAGAACGGAGCUCUUGGGAGCCCAUCUUUACCUCCUCUUUCUCAAGAACUCUCUAGAACUUGGCCACAUUUUGGGAUCCAGGUGUCUUUGCCUGCCAGUCACAGGGAGGCAGAGGAAGAUGCAGAGGAGAAGCAGCCUCUGGUGCUGGCUGCUUUUGCAGAUCCUGCUUUUAGGAAGUGGUUAUGCCCAUAUUUCCUCCACCACAACUUCAAAUCCUUCAUCAGAAACGAAGAGCAUAGCCACAGACUAUGAAACCACCCCGACCACCACUAUAUCUAGCACUGCCUCAGGAUCUAUGCCCACCCUGACCACCAAGGCAUCCAGCAUUGCCUCAGACUCUAAGCCCACCCUGACCACCACUGCAUCCAGCACUGCCUCAGGAUCUAUGUCCACCCCGACCACCCCUGCAUCCAGCACUGCCUCAGGCUCUACACCCACAACGACCACCACUGCAUCCAGCACUGCCUCAGGAUCUACACCCACCCCAACCACCCCUGCAUCCAGCACUGCCUCAGGAUCUACACCUACCCCGACCACUACUGCAUCUAGCAAAGCCUCAAGAUCUGUGCCCACCACUGUAUCCAGCACUGGCUCAGGCUCUACACCCACUCCGACCACCACUGCAUCCAGCACUGCCUCAGGAUCUACGCCCACCCUGACCACCACUCCAUCAAGCACUGCCUCAGGAUCUACACCUACCCCGACCACCCCUGCAUCCAGCACUGCCUCAGGCUCUUCACCCACCCCAACCACCCCUGUAUCCAGCACUGCCUCAGGAUCUACACCCACCCCGACCACCACUGCAUCUAGCAAGGCCUCAGGAUCUGUGCCCACCACUGUAUCCAGCACUGGCUCAGGCUCUACACCCACUCUGACCACCACUGUAUCCAGCACUGUCUCAGACUCUACACCCACCCCGACCACCACUGCAUCCAGCACUGCCUCAGGAUCAGCACCCACCCCGACCACCACUGCAUCUAGCACUGCCUCAGGAUCUACACCCACCCUAACCACCACUGCAUCCAGCAGUGGCUCAGGCUCUACCCCCACCCUGCCCACCACUGAAUCCAGCACUGCCUCAGGCUCUACACCUACCCGGACCACCACUACAUCCAGCACUGCCUCAAGAUCUACACCCACUCCUACCACCACUGCAUCUAGCACUGCCUCAGGAUCUACGCCCACCCCGACCACCACUGUAUCCAGCACUGGAUCAGGCUCUACACCUACCCUGACCACCACUGCAUCCAGGAGUGGCUCAGGCUCUACCCCCACCCUGACCACCACUGAAUCCAGCACUGCCUCAGGCUCCUCACCCACCCUGACCACCACUGCAUCCAGCUCUGCCUCAGGAUCUAUGCCCACCCCGACCACCACUGCAUCCAGCACUGCCUCAGGCUCCUCACCCACCCUGACCACCACUGCAUCCAGCUCUGCCUCAGGAUCUAUGCCCACCCUGACCACCACUGCAUCCAGCUCUGCCUCAGGCUCCUCACCCACCCUGACCACCACUGCAUCCAGCUCUGCCUCAGGAUCUAUGCCCACCCCGACCACCACUGUAUCCAGCACUGGCUCAGGCUCUACCCCCACCCUGACCACCACUGAAUCCAGCACUGCCUCAGGCUCUACACCUACCUGGACCACCACUACAUCCAGCACUGCCUCAAGAUCUACACCCACCCCUACCACCACUGCAUCUAGCACUGCCUCAGGAUCUACGCCCACCCCGACCACCACUGUAUCCAGCACUGGCUCAGGCUCUACACCUACCCUGACCACCACUGCAUCCAGGAGUGGCUCAGGCUCUACCCCCACCCUGACCACCACUGAAUCCAGCACUGCCUCAGGCUCUAUUCCUACCCUGACCACCGCUGCAUCCAGCACUGCCUCAGGCUCUACACCCACCCCUACCACCACUGCAUCUAGCACUGCCUCAGGAUCUAUGCCCACCCCAACCACUACUGCAUCCAGCACUGGAUCAGGCUCUACACCCACUCUGACCACCACUGCAUCUAGCAGUGGCUCAGGCUCUACCCCCACCCUGACCACCACUGAAUCCAGCACUGCCUCAGGCUCUAUACCUACCCUGACCUCCGCUGCAUCCAGCUCUGCCUCAGGAUCUAUGCCCACCCCGACCACCACUGUAUCCAGCACUGGCUCAGGCUCUACACCCACCCUGACCACCACUGCAUCCAGCUCUGCCUCAGGAUCUAUGCCCACCCCAACCACUACUGCAUCCAGCACUGCCUCAGGCUCCUCACCCACCCUGACCACCACUGCAUCCAGCUCUGCCUCAGGAUCUGCGCCCAACCCGACCACCACUGUAUCCAGCACUGGCUCAGGCUCUACACCCACCCUGACCACCACUGCAUCCAGCAGUGGCUCAGGCUCUACCCCCACCCUGCCCACCACUGAAUCCAGCACUGCCUCAGGCUCUACACCUACCCGGACCACCACUACAUCCAGCACUGCCUCAAGAUCUACACCCACUCCUACCACCACUGCAUCUAGCACUGCCUCAGGAUCUACGCCCACCCCGACCACCACUGUAUCCAGCACUGCCUCAGGCUCUACACCUACCCUGACCACCACUGCAUCCAGGAGUGGCUCAGGCUCUACCCCCACCCUGACCACCACUGAAUCCAGCACUGCCUCAGGCUCUACACCCACCCCUACCACCACUGCAUCUAGCACUGCCUCAGGAUCUGCGCCCAACCCGACCACCACUGUAUCCAGCACUGCCUCAGGCUCUACCCCCACCCUGCCCACCACUGCAUCUAGCAGUGGCUCAGGCUCUACCCCCACCCUGACCACCACUGAAUCCAGCACUGCCUCAGGCUCCUCACCCACCCUGACCACCACUGCAUCCAGCUCUGCCUCAGGAUCUAUGCCCACCCCGACCACCACUGCAUCCAGCACUGCCUCAGGCUCCUCACCCACCCUGACCACCACUGCAUCCAGCUCUGCCUCAGGAUCUAUGCCCACCCUGACCACCACUGCAUCCAGCUCUGCCUCAGGCUCCUCACCCACCCUGACCACCACUGCAUCCAGCUCUGCCUCAGGAUCUAUGCCCACCCCGACCACCACUGUAUCCAGCACUGGCUCAGGCUCUACCCCCACCCUGACCACCACUGAAUCCAGCACUGCCUCAGGCUCUACACCUACCUGGACCACCACUACAUCCAGCACUGCCUCAAGAUCUACACCCACCCCUACCACCACUGCAUCUAGCACUGCCUCAGGAUCUACGCCCACCCCGACCACCACUGUAUCCAGCACUGGCUCAGGCUCUACACCUACCCUGACCACCACUGCAUCCAGGCGUGGCUCAGGCUCUACCCCCACCCUGACCACCACUGAAUCCAGCACUGGCUCAGGCUCUACACCCACCCUGACCACCACUGCAUCCAGCAGUGGCUCAGGCUCUACCCCCACCCUGCCCACCACUGAAUCCAGCACUGCCUCAGGCUCUACACCUACCCGGACCACCACUACAUCCAGCACUGCCUCAAGAUCUACACCCACUCCUACCACCACUGCAUCUAGCACUGCCUCAGGAUCUACGCCCACCCCGACCACCACUGUAUCCAGCACUGCCUCAGGCUCUACACCUACCCUGACCACCACUGCAUCCAGGAGUGGCUCAGGCUCUACCCCCAUCCUGACCACCACUGAAUCCAGCACUGCCUCAGGCUCUACACCUACCCUGACCACCGCUGCAUCCAGCUCUGCCUCAGGAUCUACACCCACCCCGACCACCACUGUAUCCAGCACUGGCUCAGGCUCUACACCCACCCUGACCACCACUGCAUCCAGCAGUGGCUCAGGCUCUACCCCCACCCUGACCACCACUGAAUCUAGCACUGCCUCAGGCUCUACACCUACCCAGACCACCACUACAUCCAGCACUGCCUCAAGAUCUACACCCACUCCUACCACCACUGCAUCUAGCACUGCCUCAGGCUCUAUACCUACCCCGACCACAACUGCAUCAAGCAUUGCCUCAGGUACUACCCCCACCCUGACCACCACUGAAUCCAGCACUGCCUCAGGCUCCUCACCCACCCCGACCACUGCUUCAUCCAGCAGUGCCUCAGACUCUAAGCCCACCUCGACCACCACUGCAUCCAGCACUGUCUCAGACUCUACACCCACCCCGACCACCAAUGCAUCCAGCAGUGCCUCAGGCUCUACACCCACCCAGACCACCACUGCAUCCAGAAGUGCCUCAGGAUCUGUGCCCACCCUGACCACCAUUGCAUUCAGCACUGCCUCAGGCUCUACACCUACCCUGACCACCACUGCAUCCAACUCUGCCUCCUCUUCUUCACCCACCCCGACUACCACUGGGCUCAGCAAGACCUCUGCAUCUUCACUCAGCUUGACCUCCACUAUGACCAGCAUAACCUCUGCCUCUACAUUCACCCCAGCCUCCAUUAGGACCAGCAAAGCUUCUGCUUCUACAUCCACCUCAGCCUCCAUUAGGACCAGCAUAGCCUUUGCAUCUACAUCUACCCCGACCACCUCUGGACCUAGCACAGCCUCAGUCUCUACACUCAACUCGACCUCCAUCAGAACCAGCACAGGUUCCAGCUCUAGCCUGAGUGCCACCCACACUUCCUCUAGCCUGACAGUUUCCACUGGAACACACACUACCUCCAACCACACUGGGACUCCAGUGAUGGAAGUGAAGCCCAGUGGAUCCCUGAAGCCCUGGGAAAUCUUUCUCAUCACCCUAGCCUCUGUUAUCGUGGUCAUGGGACUCUCUGCUGGGCUAUUUAUUUAUGUGAGAAGAUACCUGUCUCUGAGAAAUGCUGCUGAUGGAAUAUUCUACAACUCCCAUCCUGAUCCUGGAGGAUCUGCUAUGACUCCAGGGAGCCCUACCUGCUCCUGGAGGAGACCAAGAACCUUCAAUGUCGUAGAGAUGACAAGGAUAUAAUUACUUUCCAUGAAACCCAGGACUUCAUCCUUCUGAGGAGACCCGGCCGCUGCUUCUUCUGUAUGCCCCUCUAGGAGUCCCUUUCCAGCUUUGUUCGGGUCCCUGACAUCCCUGACAAAGAUACAUGCUUCUCUUCUGUCUUUACCAGACACGCGAAGGAGGAUAAUGCAUUGUUUGGUCAUUGCACAAAGAAAUAAAAACAUCCAACAU